GUCAGUUUCAAACUAGUAGAUAAUACGAUGGAGUCGCUUACUGAACUGUUUAAUGUUAAAUUUUUAAUUAUUUGUAUUUUCUUUCUAGCUUUCUAUUACUAUGGCAAGUCGACAUACAAUCACUGGAAGAAUUUGGGCGUCGCUUACAUGAAACCAAAAUAUCCCUUAUUUGGCAACUCCUUUGAAAAUGCUUUCAGUAUUAUAUCUACAGUAGAGAAUCAACGCCAAAAAUAUGAUUUUUUCAAAGGGAACCGUUAUGGAGGAAUAUUCCACUUUAGAAAACCUGUACUGUUUUUAAAGGAUCCUGAGUUAAUAGAAAGUGUUUUGAUUAAGGACUUCCCACAUUUUUAUAAUAGAACUACUUAUGUUGACAAAAAAUUGGAUCCUUUAUCAAACCAUCUCGUCCACAUGGAGAACGAACAAUGGAAAAACCUGAGGGCCAAAUUGACACCGAUUUUCAGCUCAGUCAAACUAAAAGGGAUGCAUGAACAACUUCUGGAUUGUACAGAUGAACUGAUUAGGUACAUGGAUCAGUUUUUAAAUCGUAGUCCAUUUGAAACAAGGGAAAUGAUGGGGAAAUUUACUACAGAUGUUAUAGCUUCUUGUGCUUUUGGUCUAAGUGCCAAUGCCAUAAAAGACCCGGAUUCAGAAUUUAGAAGAAUUGGAAAACAAGUAUUCAAGAUUUCUUUUUUAACAAAACUCAGACUAGUUCUUAGAAGUCGCUUUCCAUGGUUGCUUAGAUUAUUGAAUUGGAGAGCCAGGCCUACUAAAGUGCUACAAUUUUUCACAAAUACAGUCAACGAAACAUUAGAAUACCGUGAAAAGAAUAACAUCAAAAGGGAUGAUUUUUUGUACCUCAUGAAUGAGUUGAGAAAGAAAGACCAGCAAUUAAGAAACGGAAAUGCUUCACAUCCUGAUAAUAAAUGCAAGUAUAAUUUAUACUCAUGACAUUUAAUUUAAUGA